AUGGCGCAGUACGGGUAUGUUUCUCUCUCCCAUGGAGCCGACGGGACACACGACGACGAGUACGACCUCUCCGAACGCGGAAUACUGACAGACGAGCAUAGAUACGGUGGUCGUCAAAACCCCUUUGACCAGCGGGACGAUGGUCCCGGUGGAGGAUACGGAGGAGGAGCUCCUGCCAGACCUCCUCAGCAGGGCUUCGGUUCGGGGCCUUCCCCCUACGGCGGCGGUGGAAACAGAGGAUACAAUCAGGGGCCAGCUAUGGGUAGGGACCAUUAUGGCGCCAACGUCGAGAUGGAAUCCCUCGCCCAGAACGCCAGCGGCUUCGGCCAGUCAUCGGAUCCUAACGCCAUCCUGAACGAGUGCCGAUCCAUCGACCAAGGAAUUGACGAGAUUGAGGCCAACCUGAACCAGCUGCGCAUGCUGCAGGAGCGUACCCUGACCGAUGCCGACACAUCAGCAAACUCGUCGACGGUCCGCCAACUCGAUGCCCUCUCUUCCGAGACGAUGACCCUGUACCGCGGCCUUACCGACCGCGUGCGCCAAGUCAAGUCCUCGCCCGACGGCCAGUCGGCCAGAAACUCGCCGCAGGUCGGCCGUAUCGAUCGCCGCCUGAAGGGGGCGAUCCAGCAGUACCAGCAGGUCGAGUCGGCUUUCCGCAAGCGCACCCAGGACCAGAUGGCCCGCCAGUACCGCAUUGUCCGACCCGAUGCCGACGAGCGCGAGGUCCGUGAGGCGGUUGAGGAUGCUGGUGCCGGUGCCCAGAUCUUCCAGCAGGCCGUGAUGCAGAGCGGUCGCCAGGCCCAGGCCAACGCCGUUCUCAACGCUGUGCAGGAUCGCCAAGCCGCCCUCCUGAAGAUCGAGCAACAGCUGAAUGAGCUCGCACAGUUGUUCCAGGAUAUGGAUACGUUGAUUGUGCAGCAAGAGGCUGCUGUCACGCAGAUCGAGCAGAAGGGCGAGGAGGUCGUUGAGAACCUGGACAAGGGCAACCAAGAAAUUGGAACUGCAAUCACCACCGCCAAAGCGACCAAGAGGAAGAAGUGGUGGUGCCUGGGUAUCUGCGUCCUCAUCAUCAUUAUCAUCGCUGUCAUCGUUGCCGUCUACUUCGCCAUUAUCAAGCCAGGCCAGGCUCCGGCUCCUGCCGCCACCGCCAAAGCGAAGCGCAACAUUGGCAUGCUCGAGCUGCCUGACUUCUCGAACACGGUCCCUGUCGAUACUGGCGCCGCGCACCCCCAGAUUCUGAAGACGACGAGCCGUAUCAUGCGCCGCAUCGUUCAGGAGGGAGCUACCUGGGAGCCGACCGCGACUGUGCAAGACUCCGCUGUUGUCGCCCGCUUCGGCGGCAAGGUCGACAUGCCUGCUGUCCGCAACUAG